AUGGACAAUACUUAAGUACUCUAUGUUGGAACCGCUAAAUCAUUGAUCGAUUAAGCGCAAACCACCUAUACUUUUAAUAAUAAUGUUGGAUGGCUAAUGAAUGUAGAUCCAAGUACUAGUGAAAUAGUAAUUGGUAAUUCAUUUCAAGGAUUUACAAUUUGGACUAAUACUCAAUUCACAACAUCACCUUUGAGCGAUUAAUUUAUAAGCACAUAGGAAUCAAUAACCUAUUCUUAAUAAUCUAAAACAUGGGCUGAAGCAAAUAUUGUCGAGUAAAUUCCUACAAAAAAUAAAAAAACUAUUAUUCCCAGUACUGUACCAGACUAAGAAUAUAAUGUCUAUUCAACUUUAAUUUUUGAUGUGCCUGCAUUUACUCUCCUGGAGACUUGUACUGAUGUAGUCUUUACUUAUUCCUGUACAUUAACCCAAGCUUUAGAUUAAUUUAUUACAUUUACGCCUUCAAAUAGAAGAUUUGUCAUUACUAGCAUUGAUCCGACUAUUGCAGGUGUUUAUUAUCUUAAAAUAACUGGAAAAAUAAACAAUGAUCAAAGUGAAACUAUAACAAUUAAAUUGACAGUUAACAGUGAGUGCAAAUAUUCUUCUAUCACAGCUAACUCUUAAUUUGAUGUUUCAUAUAUAAUAAAUAGUGGACCAUCUACUUUUAGUCUUAAUUCUUUCAGCACCAAUACUACUUAAUGCCCAAUUACUUAUACUUUGACUAAGAUAGGAAUAUCAUCUACAUCAAAUUUUUUAGUUUUAAUAGAAACUCCCCUAAGCAUUAGAAUCAAUACUUAAACUCCCAGUGAUGAAGGAGUUUAUAUAUAUGAAUUAAGAGGUAAGAAUUCAAUAGGUUCACUAGGAUAAGCAAUCUAAUUUAGGGUGGCUAUUAAAUCUGAAUGUGCAAGUGAUGUAAUAACUUCACAGUAGAUAUAAAAUUAAAUAUAUUACAUUGAAUCAGGAACUCCAAUUUUGAAAUUUAGCUUAGCCUGGAGUCACACCAUGAGUUCCUGCGGUACAAUCUAGUAUCAAAUUGUUAAUUAGGCUGAUAACUCAACAGCUGAUUCCAUUUUUUAUCUUUAGGACAACUAAUUUUAUGUAAAUACUUCUGAUGUAGCCAAGAUGGAAGAGUAUUUUUUGAGAAUUAUAGGUUAAAAUGCUUAUGUUAAAGCCAUUAGAGAUUUUUAAAUAUCAAUAACAACCAAUUGUCCAUAUGCUGUAAUUACUCCUACAUAAACAUUGCCUGACAGAACAUAUAAUCUUGGGUCAUAGAAGGUAAUAUUUUCAUUUUAGGAUUGGAGUAUUUCAGAAAUCAAUUGUGGCCCAUUAACUUAUUCUCUAUUAGUUGAUGAUCAAAUUAUUUUCAACAAUGGUAUUUAGUUUGACCCUUUCACAAGAGAAAUUUCUUAUUAUGCUACAGAUAACAGUAUUAUAGGCAGAUUAAACAAUAUAUAUUAACUAAUACCCUGCUGCAGUUUUAACAUUACCACUAAUUUCACAUUCUUAGGCUUUAAUAAGUUGCGGAAGUAUCACUUAACAAAUCACUGA